AUGAAAGUCUCAUUAUCCAACAACAACAACAACAAGGCUUCCUCUUCUACAAGCACUUCAAGUAAUGCCUCUUGUUAUAGCUGUGGGAAUGUUAAUUCAAUUAAUAAUAGACACACCACAAGCCAUUCAACAAAUUCUCUCAAUCCCAUUCAAACUACUACUGCUCCACAAACAGUGUGUUGUGCAAAAUUGGUUUCUCCUGUUGUUGAUGCAUCAUCUUUAUUGACAAGCAAUAACAAGCAAUCCUCACAAACUACCAACACUACAUCAACAAUAGAUAUUGCUGCUCGUAAGGAGGAUAAUAGUGAUAGGGCCAUUGCUGGUAUUCUUGGUUCUACUAAUAAUAAUCAAAAGAAUCAACAACCAACACUUUACUAUUCCGUAUUUAAAUUACAUGAAAGUGUCGACUCUCCAACCACAAAUAUGUUACUAGAGAAUGGAAAAUUGUUGUAUUCACCAACAACAGCAACAAGUAUUGUGAUUAAAUCCUCGUUUUCAACAAUGACUAGUAAUAUUACUAGUAAUAAUAAUAAUACUAACAACAAACCUUGUAAUAAUAAUAAUAGUAAUAUUAAUAAUAGUAAUUCUAUUAAACAAAGAAGAAUGAAUGAUUCUACUUGUAGUGAAUCAAACCUUAAAAUUGUACAACAACGUUCAACUAGUAAUAGUUCUUCUGACGAAGAUGAUACAACAGCACUCUCGGGAGAUUCUAAUUACUUUGACCCUUGUAAUGAGGAAGACUUGGAAUCGGAAGAAACCUCUGAUAAUUCUGAUGAAGAAGAGGAAGACGAAGAGGAUGAAGAGGAAGAUGAAGAAGAGGAAGACGAUGAAGCCGAGGAAGAUGAUGACGAUGACUAUUUCGAUGCUGGUUCCGAAGAUGAUGAGCAAGACGAAGAGGAUGAAGAAAACUCAAAUCAAUUCUGGUUUGGUAUUGAGGAACCGUGUCAUGUCUCUCGAGUCCUUCAAUUAUAUUGUAAUUUCUUUAGAUUGAAUGCUGGAAGAGGAGCAAAUAGUAGACUUCCUAUUCAAUUUAUUGGUAAAAUAUGCAGAGCUAUAAUGAGUAAUGAUUUAUUUAAUAUUGACAAUUCUGUUCGAACAUUUGAUAUUGUUGAUAUUUAUGAAAGGACAUCUAAUUUACAGUAUGGAGCUGUUCAUCGAAAAUUAAAAACAGUAUAUGUGGAAACACAUUAUGAUAAUGAAGGAUUACCUAGGAAGUUUAGAAAGAGAAAGUCAGAAGAUUUUCCAGAUAAAUCUGAAUACCUAAAAUCUAGUUGGCUUUACUCGUUUCCAAUAUAUGGAACCUCUGAAGAAUAUCAUUAUGAAAGUUCCCUUGUAGAUAAAAGCGAAGAGAUUGGAUAUGCAGACUUGCUUAAUAGAAGUCUCCAAAAGUUUAAUUGUAAAUGUAAAGAAAUUGCAGGCAGUCCGAAUGACAGUCAAUUCAUGUAUACACCAUGUCAACAAGAUGAUGACGAUGAUGAUUGUGAUUCAGAUUCUGAUAAUUCCGACUAUGAAGGAGAAGAUAGCUCCAUACCUAAUUAUAUGAAAGAUUUAAUUCCACAUUUAUCAGGGCGUGGGUAUUUGGAUACUGAUAUUUGUUAUGGUUACUUUGAAGAUGAUAAGUGA